AUGGAAACUGAGUUCAAUAUUAGCAAGAACUUUGUGCUCCUUGGCAUUGAGGAGAUGGAAAGGUUUAAAUAUCUUUACUGCUCAAUUUUACUCAUAACUUACUUCUACAUUUUGCUGUUUAGCUGCACAAUCAUCUUUGUGGUGGUGUUUGAUGAAAGCCUUCAUGAGCCUAUGUACACUCUCAUCGCCAUCCUUCUGCUCAACGGGAUAUUGUGGAGCUCCUGUGUCUUCCCAAAACUGAUCAUUGACUUGUUAUUUUCAUCCAAAGAAAUUUCACGUGUCAGCUGUGUGGUCCAGGCAUCCACAGUUAUACUUUUCGGCCACACUGAAAUCUCCACAUUCACCAUCAUGGCGUAUGACACCUACUUAGCAGUUGGCCACCCAUUGAGAUACCCAACUCUAAUGACAAAUUCAUUGGCUUUGAAAUUAAUCAUGGGAUCUAUGAUCUUCAAUAUUGUCUUAAUUUUGCCUAUUCCAAUACUUGCUGCCAAACUCCCAAUUUGCGGGUCUCAUAUAAGCAAUGUAUAUUGUGAUAACCCAUCCAUCCUUGUUCUUGCCUGUGUAGAUACUUCUCUCAACAAGUUGUAUGGAAAUGUUAGUUUUGUUAGUUAUAUAAUGGCUAUCUCUCUUAUACUUAUAUUCCAUUCCUACCUCCGGAUAUACCUGAUCUGCCUCAAGAUUUCAAAAGACGCCUGUAAGAAAGCCAUUCACACCCUGGUGACCCACCUACUCAAUUUCUCCAUUUUCAUGAUAGGAAUUUUAUUUAUAUUCGCUCGCUACAGACUGGGGAACACUUACCUCCCUCUUAUCUACCAAAUACUUCUAUCUGUAAUUAGCUUUAUAUUUACCCCUCUCCUCACCCCAAUAAUAUAUGGAAUAAGGAUGCAAACACUAAAAAUGAAAAUCAUUUAUCACCUCCAGCACACCAUAUUUGCAAGAUAA